AUGUCUCUUCCGAAGACUACACCUGCUUGGGUUAUCGAAUCCAAUAGCCCGGAGACGCCAGGAUGGGGGAACUUGAAAUUUGUCGAGGACUACCCUGUCCCAGAGCUUGGUGAGAACGACUGCCUGGUCCAAAUCCAAGCAGUAUCUCUCAAUUACAGAGAUCUGGUUAUACCCAAGGGCCAGUAUCCGCUACCGCUCAGUCUCCCAUGUGUCGCCGCCUCGGAUGGCGCGGGCAAAAUUUUGGCUGUGGGCACGAAAGUAACUCAAUUCGAAGAAGGCGAUAAGGUGGUCACACAGUUCACCCAAGCACAUCAGUACGGUCCUGUUACCGCUGAGAUGAUGAGCACCACCUUGGGCGGCACCACCCACGGCUGUCUACGCAGGUACGCAGUCUUCCCAGCGUCGGGGCUCGUUCAUGCUCCAUCAAAUCUUACUCCAACCGAGGCGGGAACUCUGACUUGUGCUCCCCUCACCUCCUGGAACGCGCUAUUUGGUCUUCAAUCCAAGGCCUUGAAACCUGGAGAAGUAGUCCUUACCCAAGGAACAGGCGGCGUCUCUCUUGCCGCCAUUCAAUUCGCGAAGGCUGCCGGUGCGACCGUCAUUGCAACAACCUCAUCAGAUGAGAAGGCAAAGCGGUUGGAAAAGAUGGGAGCUGAUAUUGUCAUCAAUUACAAGACGGACCCGAACUGGGGCGAGACAGCAAAGAGGCUGUCCCCUGGUAAGGCGGGCGUAGAUCAUAUCAUUGAGGUUGGUGGGCCCGGCACAAUGACACAGUCGUUGAAAGCAAUCAAACUCGAAGGGGUGAUUUCUGUGAUCGGUUUCCUUGGCGGUUUUAAAGCGAAGGACGAACCCAAUACGCUGGCGGCUCUGUCUGCGGGCUGCAUCAUCCGCGGGAUCCUGAUAGGAUCAAAGGCCCAGCUGAUCGAGAUGAAUCGGUGCAUUGACGCGAACAACAUUCAUCCGGUGGUGGACGAGAAGACAUUCAGCCUUGAAGAUGCGCCGGAGGCAUACGAAUACCAGUGGCAGCAGAAGAACUUUGGCAAGGUCGUGAUACGGCUCUAG